GUGACAUUUUCUUGCUGGAGACAGGAAAUGCCCCAUGAAAGGCAAGAAAACUUAAAAUCUUAUCACCCGGGCUCAUUAAUCAUCCCAAUUCCCUGGUAAAUUCGAUUCUCUACAUUCAUUGUUUAUCGAACUUCUCUUAUUUUUGUUCUGAUCGAUGAUGGUUCGUUUAUAAGAAUUAAUUUAUAAUCGGUAGAAAAUGUUUAAAAAUAGGCGUUAUGUAUAUGACUUUGAUUUAGAUGAAUUAAUUUCACAGGAAAUGUUCAACAUAUGAGAAAUUUAAUUUGGAUGUGUUUUUCUUCUAUUUUUGUUUUCAAUUGGGUUUCCAUAGCUUUAUGAUAUAAGCAUUCAAUAAAUUUGGUUUCCAUUACUUUUAGAUUGAUUAAAGCUAAAGUGUUCUCUUAUUCCCUUAAACUAAAAUUUAGUAAACUCUUAUCUGAGGUUGAGGUAAUGUGGUUGUAAUCUCAAAUUUGGUUUCUCUUUUUCGUGUGAGGUUAGUGGCUUAGGGCAGAGCAAGAAGCGAAUUUGAUUCUUGUUAUGAUUAGGGUUGAUGUUCUAAACUUGAUGUGUACAUUUAUACAAUGGGUUGCUUUUAAGGAAGAGUUGUGUGAUUCUCAUCACCAGGUAGCUAAUGCUGCUGCUAAUUAAAUUCCCAAAGCUAUUAGCAGUAAACACCUCCAUUCAUUGGAAUUAUUCCUCCGGAAAUCUAACAGGCGGAAAAAGCACCAAACGGCCACUUAGUGAAGAAAUGUUUUCACACCAAGAGUUUGAGUGUUUUCUUGGCUGAUUUAUGCGUUUGAUUUCUAAAAUCUUCAUUCUGAGGACAAAUUCACCUUCUAAAGGAAACUAAGAGCUACUUUUAUGUUUAAUUCCAGGGUAAGUGUUUUUGAAUUAUAUAUACUUGGCAUGUACCUAGGUUUUGAUAAUUGGUUUGGGGUUAGUUGGGUGUGAAUGGCUGUUACCUCUGAAGAGCUUAGUAGAGAAAACCCAAUUGAUCCAUCCCCUUUGCUCAUGGAGGGAGGAGAAAAUUGUCAAAAGGAAGAACACAUCAUUAAUAUAGAACGUGUGGGUGAUGCUUCAUCAUCAGAUUCUUCUGAUUAUGAAACUCCACAUGGACUGAGUCCACCUCAUCAUGAAGAUAGGCCUUCAUCUUCAUCAACUCGUUCAAAUUCGCAAAGUCCCAUGGUCACAAGGAGAGGUGAAGGAUUAGGUCGCCAUUUGAGCCCUUUUAAUAUCUUAUUGUGGAUGACCAUUGAGCUCUCUUUCACUCUAGGAAAAAUCAUAGCCGCCAUUGUUGUAUUAUCCAUAUCAAGGCAUGAAAAGCCGCGAACUCCAUUGUUUGCUUGGGUUGUGGGGUAUGUGGUUGGGUGUGCUGCAAGUCUUCCUCUCCUGUAUUGGCGUUAUCAUCAUCGUGGUCAGGCCACUGGACGGGGGCCGGCUCAAGGUUCACGCAGAGUUAGUUCCACAUCGGAUCCCAACUCUUAUAUUACAUUCUCCUUGACCCAGUCUUCUGAGGAUGAAGGUGGCCAAAAUGCAACUGAUAACGAUGAAGCUCGAAAUGCAAGGAUUGUUGCAUUUAGGAGCCACUUCAAAAUGGCAUUGGAUUGCUUCUUCGCGGUUUGGUUCGUUGUUGGAAAUGUUUGGAUCUUUGGUGGGCAUUCCUCCUCCUCUGAUGCUCCCAAUUUGUAUAGGUUAUGUAUAGUUUUCCUCACCUUUAGUUGUAUCGGGUAUGCCAUGCCUUUCAUCUUGUGUGCAAUGAUAUGUUGCUGCCUUCCCUGUAUCAUAUCAUUCCUUGGUGUUCGUGAAGAUAUGAAUGGAAUGAGGGGGGCAACUGAAGAAUGUAUUAAUGCUCUGCCCACUUAUAAGUUCAGACCAAGGAAAAAUGGAGAGAAUGGAUCUGGUGCUGAAGGAGCCGGUUUUUUGGAAGCUGGUAUGGAUAAGGAACGAUCCAUAUCUGGUGAAGAUGCUGUUUGUUGUAUAUGUCUGUCUAACUACGAGGAGGACGAUGAGGUGAGGGAGUUAACUUGCUCCCAUUUCUUCCAUACAGAAUGUGUGGAUAAGUGGUUGAGAUUAAAUGCAUCCUGCCCGCUCUGCAAAUGUGAGAUUGGAGCUGAAAGUGAAAACUCUCCAUCCGCAGCUGAAGUUAUUCAACAAGUGUGAUGUGAUAAAUGCUUCAAGAGAUCUUGAAAACCCCCAUUACUGCAACAAGUGAAGCAGUCUUGUGGUGAUUGGUGAUUGAAGGAUGCAGGGAAGCUUACGGUGGCAGAUUUCCCAGUAGAGAGGUGUCAUUGCUUUGCUAUUUUCAUGUGUUAAUACUUGUAACUUGUAAGUGAUAGAAACCAGAUAACAGUGAGGGGUAAUUAGGGAAAAAGAAUUGGUAUGGUGUAAGACUGCAAGUUAUGUUUUAUAUUUAUUUUUUUCGCAAUGAAAUAGGGAAGUUCAG